AUGACAGAAUUAGGAAAUUAUCUGAUAGGAAAGACAAUAGGAGAGGGAACCUUUGGAAAAGUUUGCCAUGCUAAACAUUAAAUUUUAGGGCAUGAGGUUGCAGUGAAAAUUUUAGAAAAAAACAGAAUUCAUGAUGAAUUGGAUGUUGAGAGAGUCAAAAGAGAAAUCAAGAUCCUAUAAAUGUUACAUCACCCCAAUGUUGUCCAACUGUAUGAGAUGAUUGAAACUGAAACACACAUUUAUUUGUUUAUGGAAUAUGCAGAGGGAGGAGAGUUAUUUGAUUAUAUAGAUUUAAAGAAAAGAAUAAAUGAAGUUGAAGCCUGCAAAUUCUUGCAUGAAAUAAUAUCAGCAAUAUAAUACAUCCAUUAAUUGAGAAUAGUUCACAGGGAUCUAAAGCCAGAGAAUUUAUUGUUAACUGCAAAAAAGAACAUCCUAGUAGUGGAUUUUGGAUUAAGCAACAUCUAUGAAGACACUCUGAAAACUGCAUGCGGAAGUCCCUGUUAUGCAGCACCCGAAAUGAUACAAGGGAAACCAUAUCAUGGAUUAUAGACUGAUCUUUGGAGUUGUGGGGUCAUACUGUAUGCUAUGGUUUGUGGAUAUUUACCCUUUGAAGACAACAAUACUUAGGUGUUAUAUAAAAAGAUACUGACAGCUGACUUCCAUAUCCCUCGAUAUGUUUCAUUAGAUGGAAAAGAUCUAAUCAAGAAUAUCCUUACAGUGGACCCUAACAAAAGAUAUAAUAUAGACUAAAUUAAAGCGCAUAAGUGGUGGUAAUUAUGGAAAUCAGAUUAUGUCUAAGUUUCACCAUUUAAAGCAUCUUUCAAUAAAAUCUCUUACACUCUCUUGCCCAACAGUAUAUACAAACCGAGUCUCUCUGAAAAUGUAACAGAAGAUGAAAAAACGUGUUGUGAUACCGUUUAAGAAUCAAAUCAAACUCCAUUCAAUGAAAAAUAAGAUUCUAGCAAUCAAUUAAAGAUUUAAGAGGAUUCUUAAUAAGAAUAAGAGAUUGAUUAUAACGACUACCUAGUAAAUGACUUAGAUAAAUAGCAAGCAGUCUCAGAAUAAUAAGAAUAAUAGGACAUUUAUGACUAUCAAUAAUCAGUUAGAUCUCUGACAAGGCAAAAAUCAAGCAGAUCAAUAUAAUCCAUUACACGUCUUUAAACUUAAAUAGAAUCCCCUCAAAAACCAAUUAUUUUAUAACCAAAUAAAUAGCCAACUCAAACAUCUCAGAACAAAGGGACAAAACCAAUUGCAAAAAAACCAUUACUUACUUAAUAACAACAAUAAGCAGCUAUCCCCUAAAAGAAACCGAUUGCCAAAACAGGCCCAUCAAAAUCUUUACAUGAACCUCCGAGUUUUGAAAAUAAAUUCAUGAAACAAACUAAUACAUCAAAUAUGAGAUCAACCAAUACAACUAAUUCUAACAACAACUCCUUUCAUAUAAGUCAUUAAAUGAAGACUGAAAUACCAAAAAAGAAUUCAAAUCCUCCUCCAAAAUUGAGUGCCAUAUAAGAGUAAUUUAAAGAAAAUAAAGAAAAGUCUCAUUCAUUAAAAACAUAACCUAAUUCCUAUAAGUAACAAUUAGAAUAACAAUAAUCCCUAAAUAAAACAUAAACCUAAAUUAAAAGUUCAACAAAAUAAGGAACUAAUCAAAUAUCUUCGAUCAAAAAGAACCACAAUUAAAGAUAGACAGUAAGUAUAUAAAUUGAAGGAUAAUAAUCGCUUUUAAUGUAAUAAUCCUCGAUAGAAGAAAAUAAUAUGGUUUAAUUUGAGGAUUAAAAAACAAUUAUAGAUAACUUUACCCUCAGACUCAAUAGCUAUAAAGGUUAAGCAAUAACAAAAUAAAGUCAAAAACAAGGAUAUAAUGAUAGCAAUGGAAUCGAAUCCAUUUCAGGUCCAUAUAAUGUAUCCUUUAUUACUGCUAAACAUCCUAAAUUGUUUAUAAAAGGGUUGUAAAAAUACAUUUAAGAAAGAUAUCAGCUGUAGUUUAGUGCAAUAUAAAGCUAACAAUAUGGUUUUAAUUUCAACCUAUCUGAAUUUAGUUUUUAAAUCAAAUUAUUUAGAAUUGAGAACUUGGAUAUAUUUUAUUGCUAAAUUAAUUGUAAUUAUCUAAGAAAUGUAAAAAAUGAUUUUGAAUACUAAAAUGUAAUCCAAGAUUUACAAACUAAUUUUGAAUUUUGA